GUAAUUCAAAAGCGACAAUGUCGGACCCCGCAGGAAACCGUCCGAAGACGGAAAAAGAGCUGAAAAAAGAGGCGGAGAAGGCGGCGAAACUCGCGAAAUUCGAGGAAAAGCAGAAAAAGCUUGCCGAGAAGAAGGCUGCCGCAAGUGAUAAGCCGGUGAAGGAGGCCAAGGCCAAAAAGGAGCAAACUGUGGAAGCGGCGGAGCCUGUAGAUCAGACUCCAACUGGUCAGAGGAAGAAAAUCGACGGAGAAAUCCCCGCGGCCUACUUCCCAGGAUACGUCGAAUCCGGCUGGUACUCUUGGUGGGAAAAGGAGGGAUUCUUCAAGCCCGAGUACAUUGACAAGCUGAAUCCAGGCUCGAAUCCCGCCGACUCGUUCACAGUUUGCAUUCCACCACCAAAUGUGACAGGAAAUCUACACGUUGGACACGCGCUGGCCACUACCGUCGAGGAUACUAUCACCAGAUUCAACAGAAUGCACGGAAAACGGACACUUUUUAAUCCGGGAUGUGAUCAUGCUGGAAUCGCAACGCAAGUCGUCGUCGAGAAACGUCUGAAACGAGAACGUGGAUUGACACGUCACGAUUUGGGACGGGAUCGAUUCAAUCAAGAAGUUUGGCACUGGAAGAAUGAGAAAGGGGAUGUGAUUUAUGAUCAAUUCCGAAAACUCGGCGCCUCUGUCGACUGGGAUCGUGCCGUUUUUACGAUGGAUCCGAAAAUGUGCCGGGCUGUAACGGAGGCUUUUAUUCGAAUGCACGAGUCUGGAACUAUUUACAGAUCUAAUAGACUUGUCAAUUGGAGUUGCGCGCUGAGAUCUGCGAUUUCUGACAUCGAAGUGGACAAGAAAGAGCUAACCGGAAGCACACUGAUCGCCGUGCCCGGAUACGAUAAAAAAAUCGAAUUCGGCGUGCUCAACUCGUUCGCCUACAAGAUUCAAGGAUCCGACGAGGAGAUUGUCGUCUCCACAACACGUAUCGAAACAAUGCUCGGAGAUUCAGGAGUUGCUGUUCAUCCAGACGAUCAGAGAUACAAGCAUCUCGUCGGAAAACAGUGUAUUCAUCCAUUCAUCCCCACCCGAAACCUCCCGAUCUUUGCCGACUCAUUCGUCGAGAUGGAAUUCGGAACCGGAGCGGUAAAGAUCACUCCAGCACACGAUCAUAAUGAUUAUGAAGUCGGAAUUCGUCAAAACCUUCCAUUCCACAAUUGUAUCACAGAUGAUGGUCUGAUCUCUCAGGGAUGCGGGGAAUUCUCCGGAAUGAAGAGAUUCGACGCCAGGACCGCCGUUAUUGAGGCUCUCAAGGAGAAGGGUCUCUACCGUGGAAAAGAGGAUAAUCCGAUGGUUGUGCCGACGUGUUCUAGAUCCAAAGAUGUCAUUGAGCCUAUUCUCAAGCCUCAAUGGUAUGUCAAGUGUGCUCAUAUGGCAGAGAAAGCCGUCGCCGCUGUCGCCAACGGUGAUCUACAAAUCAUUCCGGAAUUCCAUAAAGCCACGUGGAAUCGGUGGUUGGAGUCGAGCAGAGAUUGGUGUAUCUCUAGGCAGCUAUGGUGGGGACACCGGAUCCCUGCAUACUAUAUCUCAUUUGCCGACGGAAGAGAACAACCUCUGCCAGAGGAGAAUUAUUGGGUCUCGGCACGAACUGAACAGGAGGCACUUGCCAAGGCGGCACAGAAAUUCCAAGUUCCUGAAGCGGAGAUCCUGCUGAAAUGGGAUGAGGAUGUGCUUGACACGUGGUUUUCGUCUGGAAUGUGGCCGUUUGCAGUUUUUGGAUGGCCUGAUGCCACAAAGGAUAUGGAUUUAUUCUUCCCUGGUGCUGUGUUGGAGACUGGACAUGAUAUUCUCUUCUUUUGGGUUGCAAGAAUGGUUUUUAUGGCUCAGGAGUUGACUGGAAAACUUCCGUUUAAAGAGAUCCUGCUACACGCAAUGAUCCGAGAUGCCCAUGGACGUAAAAUGUCAAAAUCCCUCGGAAAUGUGAUUGAUCCACUCGAUGUGAUUCGUGGAAUCUCUCUAAACGAUCUUCAAGCUCAACUUCUCGGCGGAAAUCUCGACGAAAAAGAGAUUGCAGUUGCAAAAGAAGGACAAGCACGUGAUUAUCCAGAUGGAAUUCCUGAAUGUGGUGUAGAUGCUCUUCGAUUUGCACUACUUUCCUAUACAUCACAAGGAAGAGAUAUUAAUUUAGAUGUUCUCAGAGUUCAUGGAUAUCGAAAAUUCUGUAAUAAGCUCUGGCAAGUUGUGAGAUUCGCGUUGGCACGAAUUUCUGAUAAACCGGAACAAAAACCAACGUUCGAGAUUAAUCUGAAAUCAGCUACACCUACUGAUCUAUGGAUUCUAUCAAGACUCGCAAAAGCUGUCAAAGAGACGAAUGAGGCAUUGAAGGCAUAUAACUUCACUCAGGCAACCACUGUUACCUACAAUUUCUGGUUAUACGACUUCUGUGAUGUUUAUGUCGAAACUAUCAAGCCUGUGCUUUAUGGAGACAACACGACUCUCCGCCAGGUGGCAAUUUCCGUCCUUCACAAAUGUAUUGAUACAGGACUUCGUCUUAUUUCUCCAUUAAUGCCAUUCAUCUCAGAAGAAUUAUGGCAACGUAUGCCACGUCUCGACGAUUCGGAUUACACGUCACCAUCGAUUAUUGUUGCACAAUAUCCAUUAACACAGAAAUAUGAAAAAUAUCAAAAUGAGAAGCUGGAGGCUGCAUUCGAAUUUGCACAGGAGCUCAUUGGAAAAGUCCGAUCGUUGAGAGCUGAUUAUGAUUUGAAGAAGACUAAGAUUACUAUGCAAAUUCUCUCCGAAACACCAGAAGACGAGUCAAUGCUCAAUGAUAUAUCUGCAGUGAUAACCACCUUAACAUUCAGUGAAAAAGUCUCAAUUCUCAAUAAAUGUGAAUCCGAUAAAAUUGAAAAAGGUUCUGCACAUAUUGCUUGUGGAGGACGUUGUCAAGUAUACAUCAAUUUGACUGGAAUUAUCGAUGUUCCAAAAGAAAUCGAAAAGCUCGGAGCCAAAUUGCAAAAGAAUCAGAUUUCUGUGAAAAAGAUUGGAGAUAUUCAAUCGAGUGCUGAUUAUGAGCAAAAAGUUCCAGUUGAUAUUCGUGCUCUGGAUCAGGAAAAGAAAGCAACCCUGGAGAAGGAAAUCGAAAACAUCACUGCGGCGAUUGCACAACUCAAGGCUCUCAACUAAAUAUUCACACGUUUUUCAUGUUUUUUUGUUUUGUUUCUAAUUUUCCCUUCCCCAUAGCUUCUUCCCCGUUUUUUUGGUGGCCGAACUUUUUCAUUUUCUCGGCCACACACACAUUUUUCCCAUUUAUAUCAAUUUUCUAAUUAUUGGUUUUCUUUUUUGUUUCACACACGGUUUCGUAUUGUUUAUUGCCUUGUUCUUUUCUUUCCCCUCUCCUCUCCAUAUUGAUAAAUUAUCGAUUAUUAUAUUUCUGUUUCCCCCUUCCCCGGUUUUUUUUUGUAAAAUUUUACGACCGUUAAAGCUAUUAUAUCACUGAAAUUUUGAUCGAAAUUGUAGUUUGUAGUACCCCAUUUCCCUCUCCUAAAACACCCCCAAAACUAGAAAAAGAGGUUUCCCAUAAU